AAUCACAACCAAUCACCUCCGGCGGUUUAUGUUGAUCGGCAUGAUCUGUUUGAUUGGUGUGUCGAUCAUCCGAUUAAAAUUAGGGAAGACAGGACUGGCCUAUCAAGAACUCCACAGGGCGGGAUUUGAUAGAGGGGGCUGGGUGCGAAGUAUCAUGGAGGAUCAGUAAGAGAAUUGUGGCCAUCCAAGAAAGCUGAGCUGUGGGUCCAAGCACUGGAGUUUCAGAAAAUUUGAUUGGCAUUUUUUUUACGUUAACAUAGUGUUUUAUAUUUUAUUAAUAAUGGAGAUGAAGAAGAGGAUCAGUUUAGAAUUGAGGAAUAGGACACCAGCGGAGGUGGAAGAACUGGUGGUGGAUAAUUGCCGCACCAGUGAUGGUGAAGUAGAGGGCCUGACGGAUGAUUUCAAGGAGCUGGAAUUCCUCAGCAUGGUCAACGUUGGACUAAUCUCCCUGGCCAAACUACCCUCUCUGCCCAAGCUGCGCAAGUUGGAGCUGAGUGACAACAACAUCUCAGGUCAUUUGGAGACCCUUUCAGAGAAGUGCCCCAACCUGACGUAUCUAAACCUGAGUGGCAACAAGAUCAAGGGGCUGAACAACGUUGAGGCCCUGCAAAAUCUGAAGAACCUGAAGAGCCUGGACCUGUUUAACUGUGAGAUCACCACACUGGAGGAGUACCGUGAGAGCAUCUUUGAGCUGCUGCCUCAGGUCACCUACCUGGACGGCUUCGACCAGGAGGACAACGAGGCCCCUGACUCAGAGGCAGAUGACGACGACGAGGAUGAGGGGGAGGAUGGAGCCGGGCCCACAGGGGACGAUGAUGAAGAUGAGGAUGAGGAGGGGGAGGAAGGAGGAGAGGUUGGGCUCUCUUACCUGAUGAAGGAAAGGAUCCAGGACGAAGAAGAUGAUGACGACUACGCAGAGGAGGAGGAAGAAGAGGAGAAGGCAGGAGUCAAAGGGGAGAAGAGGAAGAGGGAUGCUGAGGACGAAGGGGAGGAGGAGGAUGAUGAUGAUGACGACUAGGCCUGUCCUUCCCCUGCGAACCUCUGGAUCCAGAUCCAAGUAGAACAAUAACCACAAAAAAGUGUGAUCUUGCAGAUUGUUUCUCUUUGUAUACCAUAGAUAUCACUGUAGAGGCUGUUUCUUUUAUAUAUAAAUAUAUAUAUGAGAUACUAUACGAAAAGGAGAUUUUAUCAACAAAUAAUUUGUUCAUCGUUCUAAGUUAAAUUACCACCCCAAAAAUCUCAUCAAUAUGCAGGCAGUCUAAAAUUAAUGGAGGUAGGGGGGUGGGUGGGGCUGGAUUUAAUUUAUGGGCUAAUUUAAGAAGGGCUGUCGCUACAAUGACCAGCCAUCCGCACAACAGAAGUGGCCCACGCUGUCCCUCGUUGACAUUCGUGUUCAACAAAACUCCAGUGACGUUCCAAGACCCAUGACAGGCCAGGCAGCCCAGAGUCCAGUCCAGCCCAAAGAGAUAGAGGACUCAUCUUUGUAUCUGUGCCAUUAUAGCAUCUGUGACUGCAUGGGCAGCGCAGUCUCAAUUUUAAAGUAGUCAAUUUUCUUCACGAUUGGCUGAUCCCUCCUGAUGACUCGCAACAUGGUCUCCAGGAGGGAUCAGCCAAUGAAGUUUGAAGUCCUACUCAGUUGACGACAUUAAAAAGGUUGGAAUCCUUCAAUGGCGCUGCCCAUGCUAAUACGGCCUUUUGGCCACUAGAGGCCUCUAUCAUUCUCUAUGGCCCAGCCAAGUCUGAUCUACCUCUCUGGGCCACGGUGAGAAGAGAAUGCCCCCUACAGGACAACACUCUACACAGAACCACCCUCACUACUCAGGCGGCCAGGCAUACCAGGCAACAAAAAAAAAGGCACCAGGAAGUUUAGGGACCUCUACCGUCAUCACUGUCUGCCACAAGCAGUCUCCUCUUUCUCCCCAGCCAACCCAAUGCAUUUGUAUCAGAUCGUUUCCAGCCAUCAAUGAAAGUACUGUCUCCCGUAAGCAUAGCAAAGACUGUGUUAGAUCCCUCACACAGUACAUGACUUGUUUUAGGAAUUUUUUAAAUCGUGGGAGGUUGGGAGAUCCAGAAAAGUAGUCUAGCAGUUUCAAUACCAGCGUUAGCCCUGGGGAGUUGUAUUUCCAACUGAUGUGCAAACCGACCACGACAUUUGUUAGGGCCAUAGAGCUGUGGCUUUCCAGGACUGGUGCUGGAAAUAUGUAUUCUAAAUCAAACCUAGCGGUUUGGCCUUAACCUUAUCUGUCCUUAACGGAUGCAAACCAAUAUAUUUCCUUCUGGUUCAACAGGCCAUAUCUGUUAACAGCUUUAAAUACUGUAACCUGACUAUUAAUGUUGUUGUCGCGGUGAUAGAGGGGCACGGCCAUAAUGUUUAUAUUGAAAAAGUUAAGGUCAAACCGCUUCAGUGUAGGAAUGAACCGCAUCCCGAAGUAAAUUUUUAUCUUUGUCUUGCUGUUGAUGCAAGUUAGUUUAUAAUUGUACUGGUAUUUUACACAGCAGGAACUUUAAUCUAUUAUUUGUAAGGCAAUAUGUAAAUAGUUUCAGUUCCAACAGUUUGAUGUUUCAUGUGUUUUUUUUUGUUUUUUUUAUGACUUUUUUCGUCAUUUUGUUUUAAUAUAAAGCACAGGUCAAGAAGCCAAACUCUGACCUAACACACUCAAUAUAGAUUAUUUUCCAUCCUUGGCUGUUGUGACACGUGUUUUGUGUGGUGUAAACAUCUUAAAAGAAGGAUUUUGAAUAAAACAAUAUAUAAACAGAAAAGAGAGUGCUUUAAAAUAAAUUGAUUGUUUUUUGUCUUCA